AUAACAUCAAUAGUAUUUUGAUUUUGAGUUCAAACUUAAUCAGGAUAAAGUAAAUUUAAUUUCAAGAUUCUACAGCAGAAGUGAGGAUACUUUGAUAAGCAAAAAAAUUCAGAAGUUUGUUUGAUCAAGUUGCGAGAGCAAAACAAAAAAAAAGCCAAAAUCAUUGGAAGAGGAAGGACUGUCUCGGCGCAAAGGGAGAUUUCGAGUAUCAAACGGGACUUCUAACCGACCUGUCAUGCGCGCUUUUCUGCCACACUUUGAAGACCGCUCAUUCCGCGGGAAGCGUCUGACGAUGUAGUUCACAUCUAAAAUAUUCUCCAGCUCAGGCGAAAAAGCACGUUUUGCUUCCCGAAAAUCCGUAACAAAGAUAUUGAUAACGUGUUGCAGACACUAAAAUAAAUUAUCGUCCCUGAAAAUUCGAGCUAUUUUUCAGCAUGUCUAUUACUUGAUUGAAUUAACUUAUUCAAUUAAUUUAAUAAUCAUGGAAGGAACAGUUUUUGAGUUGCCAAGAAAACUGUGUGGUGAUUGGACAUUUUUUUAGUCACGGAUGUAUAAUGUAUUUAUUCUGAAACAGAAAAACAAAGUUAUAAUAGUUGUUAUAUUAACUUUUGAAUAAUUCAAUUACCUGAUCUAAUACCAAACUAUUACCAAAAGAAAGCUACUGGGAGUAGCUUGGAAAGACACAAUUUUCUUGCUGUAAAUUUAUAUUUAAAUCGGUUUUAAAGUUUGACCAGCAAAUUAAGAUACCCCAGUGUACAGUCUAUUGUGAAAUUAGAAAGAACCGAAAAAUAUAUAUUCCGCAAUUAUAUGCAUUUCAUAAAUUAAGGAGGCUAUAUGUUUUAUGAAGUAACAAGUAUUGUUGGUGUUUAAAAAUCACUGAAGUAUAAUACUUUUCAAUUUUUAUCUAAAUCUUGCUUUCUAGAAUGCUUAGCAAUUCGGAAUAGUCAUCUCAUUAAGAAUCUUUGAAAAUAUUAAAAAAAGAUUGAGCGACAAUAGUAUAUGGCGCAUGCAUUGAAAUAUUAUCCUAAAAAUACAAAAAUAUUAUUUGGGUUAAAUCAAAAUUUAUAAUACGUUUAGAAAAAUUAUUAAAAACAUGCCAUCUCUUUCACUGAUAUGCAAGACGGAAAAUAUUACAAACUUUCUGAAAGUUUCGUAACUUAUUACAAGUAAAGUAUUUAUCGUUUAAAGCAUCAAAAGUAUCAGAAUAACAGACCAUGUGGACUUUAUCAGCAUCGGCACACAGUAAUGACUUUUAUGGACACCAUACCAUUAUUUUUCCAGCUGCCAAAACGUUUUCACUUCUGGUGAUGAUGAUAUCUGUUGUCGCUUCACAACCAGAAUUUACAGAAUUGAUACCAAAUGCCACCGUAGCAAUUGGAAGAGAUGCUGUUUUACAGUGUACUGUAGACAAUUUAGAGAAUUAUAAGGUUGCUUGGAUUAAAAUGGAUACACAGACCUUACUUUCUAUACACAAGCAUGUUAUUACAAGAGAUAAAAGAAUAAAAGUGACGAAUAAUAAUUUACAGUGGAACCUACAUAUCAGCAAAGUAGAUGAAAAAGAUAAAGGAUAUUACAUGUGUCAAAUUAAUACUGAACCAAUGGUUAGCCAAUUAGGGUAUUUAGAUGUCAUGGUGCCUCCAACCAUAAUCGAGACCGGCACUAGCUCGGAUACAGUUACAGAGGAGAGGUCAAAAGUAAGUUUACGGUGCGAGGCUUCGGGUUACCCAGAACCUAUUAUUACAUGGAGGAGAGAAGAUGGGAAAGACAUCAAUCUAGGGUCUUAUGGAGGAAGAAAAUACUCUGCUUUAAGAGUAGAAGGAGAGUUCUUGAAUAUAAGUCAAGUUUCUCGGGAGGAUAUGGGUGCUUACUUGUGCAUUGCUUCCAAUGGAGUGCUUCCAGCUGUUAGUAAAAGAAUAUUGUUGCAAGUAAAUUUUAAACCUAAAAUUCGAGUGCCAAAUCAACUAGUUGGAGCUGCAUCAGGAUCCGAUGUCGUAUUAGAAUGUAGAUUAGAAGCAUCUCCAACGCCACUUACUUCAUGGAUCCGAAGUGAAGGUAUUAUGUUGCUCAACAACAAGAAAUAUGACAUAUCUGAAAUGAAGGAUGGUUAUAAAAUCAACAUGAAAAUCAAAAUAUUCAGCCUGACAGUAGAUGAUUUUGGUUCAUACAAAUGCGUGGCCAAGAACACUUUAGGUGAAAAAGAAGGAUUUAUCAGGUUGUAUGAGAUCCCUCCUCCAACUUCAAACCCAAAAGUAACACAACAUUAUGAGGUUUAUCUUCCUAGAUUAAGAGAACAUUUACAUCUCAAUGGGAGCUCGUCACAGAGAAAAAAUGGGCCAGCUUCUAAUACUUUAAUGGACGAAUCUCAGGAAUUCAACUCAGACAAAAAUUUGCGAUCAUCAGUCUCGGAAACAGGUGCUUCAGAAGAUUCUAUACCAAGUAAGCCAUUACACAGACCUCCAGAAAAUGGAGCUACCAGUACUACUAUGACCAGUUUGUCCAUUUUGGCAUGUAGUUGGAUUUUUAUAAAUUUAAUAUUAUUACGAUAGUUGCGUAAGCAGGGAUAUUUUUCAACGACUUUAUGGUCAUUCCAUGAUACAAACUAAGCAUUUGCCAUUAUGGGACUCCAUUUGAAGUCUCAACAAGAAACUCUGGAGGAAUAAAAUUGAAUACCCAUUUGAAUUUUUGAACUGAAAUGAUAUACUGAAUGGUUACACUUUAAUUCAUCGUUUUCAAUUGUAUAAUUUACGAACUGUCUAUUAUCAGUAUUGACUAUAUUCUGGUUUGUAUACAGUCAAUUCGCUUCAUCUCGAAGUGAAAUUACGAUAGCUCCAUUUUUUGACAAUUUUUUUACCCUUUUAUCUUUAAUUUCAUGCUCAAAGUUCUUGAAUAAUUUGAUUUUUUAUCUUUAAUUGAUUUUUUUAAAAACUAUUCUCCUUUUCAAUAGCUAAAUGAGAUAAACUAAAAAAACUGCAACCAACUUAUUUUACCCCUACUAGUGAAAUCUACGCAAGUUGUUAAAACAUGCUGAGUUAGCGUAAAAAGAAUGGAUUCCUCUUCGCUUGCAGUUUUGUAUUCUCUUCAAUUCAUUAUUUCAAAGAUGAAUCCCUUGUUUAAAGCUGAAAUAAUUGAAAACGAAAGAUGGAUCUCUCCGUUAUAGGUGGAAAAAAAAACAGAAAAUAACUGCAACCAACUUUUUUUGCCACUACUAAUGAAAUCUGUGCUCAAUCUACGCAAGUAGUCAAAACAAGUUGGCUUAGUGUGAGAAGGUUGGAUAACAUCUCUGCAAGCAGUUUCGCAGUUUAACCUCAUUUUCUUAACGAUAACUCAGUUUUAACGCCUAAUUAAUUCAUUAAAAAAUCUACUAGCGGAGUUGGCGAACAUACUUUAGUCUAUUGAGCAAAUUCUAGAAAUCGUCCCAAGUAAGGAAAGCAAGUGAGACAGAGUGAGAUGAUCAGAUAUCAUCUGCGAGAAAUAACUUAAACUUCCGUAGGUCUAUGCUAUCUGUAUUGUUAGUAUAAUUAUAACACUGCUUCAUUUAGGAAUUUUGAAAUAGAACUAUUCAAUAUAGAUCUGAACCAGUGAUUCUCAACCACUGUGCCGUGGCCCUUUUGUGUGCCGCCAAACUUUUAAAAUGUACCACCAAAUAUUAGAAAUGACACAAUAAAAGUUAUAAUGCU